CAGACCACGAUGGACGGCAAUCUUGGCAUUCAAAAGGAAGUGAUAAAGGAUGCCUACUUCGUAUCCAGAAAAGCUGGUGAGAAACCAGGAGAGCUGGAGAUUACCGGAAGCUCUUCGCCGGUCAUCGUGGGCUUCCCUGGAUCUAGGUCCCCGGAGGACUGGUUCCCUGAAGACAGCAAAGCUAACCCUUUCGGAAAGACCAAGAUCGACCUUGAGAAAUUCCCUUCUCUCAGGAGAAUCGGCAACGGUGUGCCCGCCACGGUCAACCGCGGAUUCAUGGCACGAUUUGAACGGAUACUGCAGAAGAGUGGUCAAACUAUACGCAACGAGGUGGCAAAGGCGGCGGAUGAGAAGAAGCAGAUAAUAUUUACAGGCCAUUCAUCAGGCGGUCCGAUCGCGAUUUACGCGACUGUUUGGUCCCUUGAGGAGCAUAGAAAAUCAAAGAAAAAGGAGACUCCCCCUGUUUUCUGUUUGACAUUCGGAUCCCCACUGACCACCGACCACAUCUUUGGCCACGCCAUCCGGCGUGAGGGUUGGUCUGACAACUUUGUCCACUUCGUUACCAAGCUCGACAUCAUUCCCAGAGUUCUACUCGCUCCUGCUCCCUCUACGGGGGAGUUGCUAAAAGAAGUUGCCUCUUUCAUCGACCCGGAUCGCGAACCCGAUUCAAUUGGCGACUUGACUUCCUUUUUUGUGAAUGUGAGGAAGCAUGCAUCGUGUGUUGCAAACCAUGCAGCUUGUGCCCUAACGGGAAGCAAAAAUACGUUAUUUGACACCAUGUCUAAAUUCAUCAAGCUAAGCCCUUACAGACCGUGCGGGAAGUAUGUCUUUUGCACAGAGACCGGCGCAUCGGUGGUCUUGGAGAACCCGGAUGCUGUUCUUCAACUGUUGUUUUACUCUUUACAGAACAAGCCUAAAACAGAGCUUCAGAAGAUAGCAGUGGCAAGCUUAAGGGCACAUUGGGCAUAUGAAGAUGCAUUAGAUAAAAGCUUGGCUACGCCCAUUGUAGUUUGCUUGGACAACCUCCGAGAAUUACCUCUCAGCUCAGAUCGUGCCGCACUAAUUGACCUUAACCUGUGCGCAUCAGCGAGGCUGUGCCUUCGUGCUGCUGGAGAGUCGGAGAAGAAGAAACUGGAUAACCUGGAAAAAAUCAAAGCCAAGAAGGACGACAUAGAGAAAGCCCUCGGCAAAUUAGAAGAGUACCGGACUGCGCGCAGGGAUGAUGUGGGAUAUUAUGAUGCUUUCAAAUUGUACGAGAAGACGGAAGACCUCAAGGCUAAUGUGGUGAGACUUGAACUGGCAGCUAUUUGGGACGAGAUUAUUGAAAUGAUAAGACAAGAGGAGCUCCCAGAGAAAUUUGAGGCAGAGGAAACAUGGGUGAAACUCGGCACGAGGUUUCGCCGACUCGUGGAGCCAAUAGACAUAGCCAACUACUAUCGACACUCUAGGCAAGACACGGGCGGUCCUUACAUGAAGAAAGGAAGUAGGCCAAGUCGGUACAAAUAUACUCAAGGAUGGCGAGAACACGCUGAGCAGUUGGAGAAUGGAUCAUGUGGUGAAUCCUGCUUCUGGGCCGAGGUGGAAGAGCUCAACCUUGCGUUUGCUGAUAACAAACUAUCGAACGAGCAGACUGCUUCGAACAAGCAGACCGCUUUGAAGUUGGCGGAAAAACUGGAAGACUGGCACGGAAAAGGGGAGGUGGAGGAGGAUGCAUUCUUGAAGGAGACUACACUUGCAAAAUGGUGCCAAACUCUCCCUAACAACUACGAAGCAAAGUACCGCAUCCAAGGUCUAAUAGUUUCGCAAAAGGAGAGCUAAAGAAGGAUUUGCCUGAAAAGCCGGACCCAGCAACUCUGCUGGCAUCGUUCAAAGAGGAUUGUUACCCUUUGCAGUUGAUUUUCUGUG